GGAGCACGACCCCUUUUUUGUUAUUAAUUUUGUAAUAUGUGUGCUUCUAAAUAACAUUUUUGAGUGGAAUGUAUUUAAUCCGCAAAACAAAAUGAUUAAAGCUAGAAUUGAGGUUGCUAGGCAAUACAUACAGGAAGCACUCUGUACGGUACUCCGUGAUUCGGUCACAUAGCGUCCCUUCAGCAAACCGUUGUGGGAAAGAUAAGUUUUUUUUUGUUUUUUUACAUGUUAUCCAGCAGUGGGUUACAUCUUCAGAUGUAUUUUCGUAUUCUCGCAGAACUUAACUGUAUAUCCGGAAUGAUACAAUCCCCCGGGUCGAAAUUAACGUUUCAAUCAAAUAUUUUCACAGUGUUCCACUCCCCUAUGCUCUCCGCUGGGCUGGUUAGGGCACGCUGUGGCCGGUGAAGUUUGUGGAGAUAUUGGAUUUAAACGUUGGUGUCGCCCCGGACAAAUAUUUUAUCAUUCCGGGCAGACAGAAAACAUCAGCAAGAUCUCGAAAAUACUUUUAUAGAUACAACGUGUCACUUGAUAAAAGAUAAAAAAAACAACUACGGUUUGCGAAUGGAACGUUGCAUGACCGAAUCACAGCGUAAGCACUGACGGGGCCAAUGAGGCUCUACAAUGAUCUUUUAUGUGGAUUAAUAUACUUGUUAUACGGUCACAGAUGCACUUAAACUUGAAGAGUAUACUUAAUUUUUUUAAAAAUAAAGUAAUUACGCCAUCAACAUGCUGCUCUGCUCACCAAAUACAUUUAAAAGCAAAUACAUCACUAUUUAUCACCUAACCAUAAAUAAUGUUACAGCCAUGGUUAUCUAGCUUGCUCCUGCCCCUCUCUGACGUUUGCUUGAUCUACCUGUCAGUCAGCACGGAGCUCAUCGGUGAGGGAGAGCAGGUGUGAGGGGGACAGCAGUGGAGAUGACGAGACAAAACGAUGUGGACAUACCCGAAGCAGGAGCCAUCUUCACAUUUGGAAAGAGCAGUUUUGCUGACAAUGUGCCUAGUACAUUCUGGGUGAAGAAUGACCAGCCAGUGCACCUGUCUUGUGGCGGAGAGCACACUGCUGUCAUCACAGAAAAUGGCAGGCUGCUCAUGUUUGGUGGUAAUACUUGGGGCCAGCUGGGGCUUGGAUUUAAGCCUGCUGCCAGCAAACCUGCCUCUGUGAAAGCCUUAAAGUCUGAGAAGGUGAAGCUUGUAGCUUGUGGGAGAGAUCACACAAUUGUCUACACAUGGCGGGGUAGUGUGUAUGGUGCCGGCAGUAAUCAGGAGGGGCAGCUCGGUUUGGACCACUGCAACAACACUACAUCCUUUCACCUGCUGCAACCCUUCUGUGACCAUGCACCAAUCAAAAUGCUCUCUGCAGGAUGCAACACCUCAGCUGCCUUAACAGAGGACGGGAGGCUGUUCAUGUGGGGAGACAACUCUGUGGGUCAGAUUGGUUUAGGGGACGAGGAAUUUGCAGCAGAACCCAGAGAGGUGAAAGUUGGGGAAGCGGUGAUAUGGGUCUCCUGUGGGUACCACCACUCAGCAUUUGUCACAGUGGAUGGAGAUCUCUACACGUUUGGUGAGAGUGCGAAUGGAAGGCUCGGUCUUCAGGUGGAGCAGCUGGCCAAUCACAGAGUCCCUCAGCGGGUGCAAGGGAUUCUGGGUCGUGUCACCCAGGUGUCCUGUGGAGGGGAGCACACUGUGGCACUCACAGAGGAGAGCGUGUACACGUUUGGCCGCGGUCAGUACGGUCAGCUGGGCCACGGGACAUUUCUGUUUGAAGUUGAUUUGCCUAAACUACUGGAGCACUUUAGUAACAGUAGCAUCAAGCAUAUUGCCUGUGGAGAGAACCACACCGCUGUGAUCACAAACAGCGGGCUUCUCUACACGUUUGGUGAUGGUCGUCAUGGAAAACUGGGGUUAGGGGAGGAGAACUUCAUCAACCAGUUCAGCCCGACACUCUGCACACGUUUUCUCAAGUACAAUGUUCAGUUAGUGUCCUGCGGUGGUAACCACAUGCUGGUACUUGCUGCACCCAGACCACCAGAGAGCCAAGACGUGAUGCCAGAGAAGGAAGUCACAAUCGCAGAGAACUUUAUGGAGUCAAGUUACACAGAAAUCCUCCUGCUGGACACUUUGAUAAACCCUAAUCCACUAGUCCCACUCUCGGCCCUCUCUGCUCGAGCCCGCCACAGAGAAAAAGGAAGCAAUGUGGAGCUGUUUGGGGAGAUGUUUCAGCACCUCCCACGUCUAACUUCUGGCUUCCUCAACACCUCCUGGCAAACAUCCAGAAAUAUCCCAACCCCUAAAACACUUUCAAAAGACAUCACUACCCCUUCAUCAUCCCCCAAACCACAAUCAGAAGAUACACCAAGCCCACCACUCUCCCCCAGACCUCUGUCCAAGAGUCCAGCGUUACCCUCUAAGCCAUCGAGCCCACAUUCUCAAUCACCAAACAUGUUUCAGAAGAAAUCCUCUACCACUGCUUCCUCCAAGUCGAAAUCCAAAGAGUUGCCUUCUUCCUUACUGUCACCAAAGUCUAUAACGAAACGUAACCCUCACAUCCCAGUAUCUCCUAAAAAGACUGCAAAAAAAAGACUGAAUAGAGUGGCAACUGCUAAAAAGGCCUUAAUUGAAAAACUGUCAUCUCCUCUACCACCUAAAGAACCCUGUAGCCCCGCCAGACCCUCCAGUGAUAUUUCUUUGAAACAGCUCAGUGAGGAAGAGCACCCUGCCUCGCCACAAACAGAGGGAGAAACAGCUCAGAGACAAAUUGUCAUAGAAGAUGUGGAGGAGAAUAUCUCUGAGGAACGAGUCGACUUUUUGCCAAAUAUGGAAAAGAAGAAGGGCCGAGCUCUUAGAAGAACAGCGAAAGCGGCAGAGGCAUUUGCCGAACAGCUCCAAUCCAAUGGGAAGCCAGAACAAAUUUCUCACAAAGCCUUACCCACAGAGCUCCUGAAAGAAUCCAGCUCUUUAAGGAAAGAAGUGUCUCCAGUGAAGAGCCCAAAGACUCUGAAAAAACCCCAAAUCACAUCUAAAGGCAAAGAGAACAUUACCAAGCAGUCCAAUAAAAUCAAAACUCAUGAAGACAGACAAGCUCGAAAGGAACCCUCCCAUUUUAAAUCACCAAAACGUGAUAAGAGCAAACUAUCAGAAUUGAGCCCAAAACCUCCACAAUCUGUCCGGAAGACACUGACUGAAGCACAGCAGAGACUGACUGAAGUGAAGGAAAAUGCCAGAAGACAGAUACAUUUGAAAAGCAAUAUAAACCAAGAGGAUAUUAAAGCCAGCACUUUAAAGAAAGACUUGAUAGGGACACCAGAAAAGAAGAAAAAUAUAUCAUCAGCUUUGGACAAGACGUCUCCUGUUAUUAAGGUCUCUAGAGGAAAUGAAAUAACCAGCAUAUCUGUCCAAAGUAGAAGUUCAGUAUCCGUAGAAAACACUGCAAAGGAAGAUGCAGACAUCCAGAGUAAAGUCACUGACGUCAAACCUGUUGAAGUGAUGCAACCGGAGACACAGCGAGUCACAUUGACUCCAACGAAGGAUUUGGUUAAAUCUGCACAGGGCAAAGGUCAAAGUAAAGCACUGGAUGUAAAAUCACCACCAGUGAAAAAAGAAACCACACCUGCUCAGGUUGAUACUAAGACAUCCCUAAGUGUGAAAUCUACACCUGUGAAAGUUAAAGCGAAACUGCAAGAGGUCAAAUCCACACCAGUCAAAAAUCAAAGUAAAUGUGCAGAAAAUACUCAAAGUAAAAGCAAAGGAAAAGUUGUGGAAAAUGAGUUAAACUUUGCCAAGAACACAGCUCAAAGAGUGAAGGGUAGAACUGCAGAUAAGCCGAAGAUACCUGAUGCUGACAGCUCUAAAGUGAAGGACAAAAAGAACGCAAAAGAAUCUAAACUGAAGGCAAAAACAAAGCCAGGGGGAGAAGAAGGAGACAAAAUCAGAGUUAAGGGAGAAGCUGAUGUAGACUCUAAAGAUAAGACGAAGGCCAAGCCGAGCAGUAAGCAGACUGAAGCUUCCCGCCCGCUGUUAUCGGAGCAGGAUACACCUACUGAAGUGGUGUGUAACCCCAUUUCCUCACAAAGCCCAAAGAGAACAGAGGUGGUUUCCGUCAGUGGUGCCAAAUCCCUGCAAGGCCCUGAACCUGUUGAUAGGGAUCUGCUUGUUUCAGAUACAAACAGAGAGGAUGCUCAGGGCCAGACAGAAGAAAAGCCAAGGUGGGGGGAAAUUCUCAGUACCGCAGCCUCUCUUCUUCCUGCUGUUGGGAUAGCAGGUGCAGCUAUGGAGGUCCUUAGUGAGGCAGUGACAAACACAGGGGCUUUCCAGUUUGACAGUGACACAGUUACUUCUACACCACCUAAAACUCCCAGUCGAGGGAAGCAAUUCACAAAGCAGAGUGCAAUUAUGCGACCUUCAUUUUCCUCGACUUUGUCACAUUUUUCUUCAACAGAAGCAUCAAAUCCGCCAGAAGAAAGAAAAGCUCUUCAGCUCAGUGUUCGGUCAGAGUCAGGGAAUUCAGUUCAAGAAGAAGAAAGUAAAGAUUCCAUUCAUCAUCAGUCACAACGGGGGGCGGUGAAAAGUGACAUGUCCGAGCAGAUCGGGGGGGAAGACGUUUCACAAACAGAGGGGAAGAACAGUGGCACAGACAUGGAAACUUCCGAGCAAGAAAAUGAAGAUGAGAAAACCUAUAAGCCUUCAGAAGAGGAUGAGGAUAAUGAGGAAACAGAUACUGAAGAUGAGGAAAAGAAGGAAGAUGAAGAGGAAGACAGUGGAAGCAAUGUGGAAGACAAAGAAGAAGACGAGGAGGAGCGAAGUGAAAGUAGCAAUGACGUAGACGAGGAAAAGGAGAGUGUUUCUGGAGAGGAUGAGGAAGAGCAAGAUACUGAAUUAGAUACUGAUACAGAGGAAGAUGGUGAGGAGAAAACAGGCUCCAGCAGUGAGGAAGAAGAUGAAGGACGUGAGAAGAGUGAUGUUACAGAGGCUGAAGAGGAGGACGAAGAAAGCAGUGAGGAAAUAGGUGAAGGAGGGAGUGACUCUGAGGUAAGUGAAGCAGCAGAGGAGGAGGAAAGUGAAAGUGAAGAGUCUAGUGAAGAAGAGAAUAUAGAAGAAAAGGAAGAAAGUGAGGAUGAAGAUGAAAGUGGUGAAGAAUCGGGGAGCAGCAAGAGCAAAGAGGAGGAGGAGGAGGAGGACAGAGAGGGAAGUGAGACUGCAAAGUCUGAUUCUGAAGAAGAAAGCGAAGAAGGAGAAGAAGAAGAAAAUGAGGUUGAUGUAGAGGAAGAGGGUGAAACUGAAGAUGAUCAAGAUUCCACCGAAAGUGAGGAGGAGGAGAAUAACUCCAAAGAAGAUGAAGAAACAGAUGGGAGUGAAGGAGAGGAAGAUGAGAAACAGGAAGCAAGUGUUGAAAAUGAUGAAGAGGAAGAGGAAGGCAGUGAGGCUGAUGAAGAGGAGGAAGAGCAAGAUGGAAAAAGUGAUAAAGAAAAUGAGGCGGAGGAAGAAGAGGGUGAGGAAGAUGCAUCUUUAGAUGAGGUUGAAGCUGAGGACGAGACCGCAGAGGAGGAAGAAAAACAUGGUGAGGAAGAGGAAGAGAACGAGGGAGAAGUUGAAGAAGAGGGUGAGGAGGAGGAAGAAGAGAGUGAGGAGGAGGAAGAAGAGAGUGAGGAGGAGGAAGAAGAGAGUGAGGAGGAGGAAGAAAAGGGUGAGGAAGAGGUUACAGAGGAGGAAGAAGAAGAGGGUGAGGAAGAAGCGUCUUUGGAUGAGGGGGAAGCUGAGGGAGAGACUGCAGAGGAGGAAGAAAAACAUGAGGAGGAGGAGGAGGGAGAAGUUGAAGAAGAGGGUGAGGAGGAGGAAGAAGAGGGUGAGGAGGACGUUAUAGAGGAGGAGGAAGAAGAGGGUGAGGAAGAAGCAUCUUUGGAUGAGGGGGAAGCUGAGGGAGAGACUGCAGAGGAGGAAGAAAAACAUGAGGAGGAGGAGGAGGAGGAGGAGGGAGAAGUUGAAGAAGAGGGUGAGGAGGAGGAAGAAGAGGGUGAGGAGGACGUUAUAGAGGAGGAGGAAGAAGAGGGUGAGGAGGAGGUUAUAGAGGAGGAGGAAGAAGAGGGUGAGGAAGAUGUUGCAGAGGAGGAAGGAGAAGAUGAAGAGGACGGGAGUGAAGGUGAGGAGGAGGAAGAAAUAAAGAGAAAAGAGAAAAGUAUGAAGGCUAAUAAAAAAGUGAUGGUAGAGAGUGAUGAUGAUGAGGUGGGGGAGGAGGAGGAGGAGGAGGAAGGGGGUGAGGAAGAAGAGGAGGAAGAGGAAGAUGAGGAAGAGGAGAAUGAUACAAAAAUUAAACCAAAAACAGAGAAAAGACUCAAUAAUCAGAGAGAAGAAAGAAAACAGGAACGAACUGAAGGAAAGAGAGGAAAUGAUUCUGAAGAAAAUGAAGAGGAGAGUGAGGAAGAGGCUAACGAAGGAGAAGAGGAGGAAGAAGAGGAGAAUGAGGAAAAAGGAAAGGCUGCAAACGGCAAACAUAGUGAGAAGCAUGCUGAAGAGGAAAAUGAGAGUGAGGCAGAGAGGGAAGGAGAUGAGGAGGAAGAGGAAAAGGUCAAAUCACAGAAGUUGCCUCCUGAAGUUGCUCUUUCAGACAGAAAAGAAAAGAGAGAAACACCCAAACCAGCACCGAGGACUAAGCAGAGGGCUGCAGGAGAGAAGAAACCAGACGACUCGCAGCAGUUCUGGAACGAUGUGCUGCCUCAAUACCUCGACCUGCAAUGAAGUUAUCAAAUAGUGUUUAACUGAAAGGACACAGAGACUCAGCUCUGUGUCAGCUAAAAGUACAUUUUUCUUAUUGUCAACAAAUCCCAUUAAAAGACCAAAACCAACAAUACAUUAGUCUGUCUCUCUAUAUUUCACAACUUCCUGACCCUGUCUACGGCUCUGAGCCCCAAGCCCAUUCAUUCCUUCUAAAGACAUGCAUUUUUAAAAAUGUGUCACAAAUAUACAGUUUCAUUUUUAAAAAGACUCACUAAUUUCCUAAAACAGCUGGGCACUGUGGGUUUUUUGCAAACUUGCCUCAAGCUUUAGAGAAAAUCUGUUGGGAAAUAUUUUCAGUUGUGGAUUAAUACACAUUUGAGCGAGUAUGUGGGAUUGGACUUGAAAUAAACUAUGAUGCCCAUGUUCAUCAUAUAUGGAGGAAUCUGUCACCCAGAGCAACAGAGUGGCUCAUUUAUGUGUUUUUUAAAAAAGUACUCGAUUUAGCAUUGCACUCCUAUAACUCAAAAUUGAUGCAGCAGAACCAGAGAUAUCAACUUCAGCUCCAACCGACAAUUUAUUAGACUUUGUGCAGCUCUUGAGGCUCCCCGGUAGCUCACCUGGUAGAGCGCUUGCUCCAUGUACAAGUCCUUACCGCUGUGGCGCAGGUUUGAUUCCAACCCACUUGGCAGAGGAAUAAGCUAUAUCAUGUUUUGGCUAAACCAGCCACUUAAUACUUGUCAGAGUGGCAAAUUCAUUGUUGGUUUUGGUCUUUUCAUGGGAUUUGCUGACAGUAAGAAAAACAGAAUAUCACCAGACGUAUCCUUUAAAAAUGUAAAUACGAUUAAAACUAAUACUGGUCACACUUGAUUGCAAAACAUCAAUGAAGAUUUGCCCCCUCACUGUACUCUGUAUCAUUUGAUGUUUUCUUUACAUCUGGAGAUGUUGUUCUUCAUGGUCUAAUACAUUUAUUAAUAUUUA